AUGCUGUCGGAGUGGCCGUGCUCGUCAUCCGCACCAUGCGUCGGUGGCGGCAGUGGUGCCGCCCCCAGGGGAGCGGUGACCCGAGCUCAGCGCACGUCUGCCCGCAGCAGGAGCAGCAUUGCAGCCUACGACGGCAGCGCCGGCGAGCAUGCAGCGACCUGCCCAUUGGCACCCGGCCGGCGGCGCCACCACUUUGAACUCAGCCCAGCGCCCCCGCCGUCGGCCGCCGCGCUGAACCGGCGCCGGUUGCGCUCCGCCGCGCGCGCCGGCGCGCCCGACCGCGCCGGCACGGCGCUUGCGGACGCGUUCGACAGCAACCCAGGCGCCAGCAGCGGCGCCGCUGAGCCCAGCGGCGAUGCUUCCACGCCGCCGCCGCGGCCUGCCCCCGCCCUUGCCCCCGGCCCCAGUGCUGUGGCCCCGCCCAUGGCGCUGCAGCCGGUGACCUUCACGCAAACCUGGGUCCUCCCCCCUCAGCCCUCCUGGCAGCGCGCCGCCGCCGCCCUGCGCGCCGCGGCCGCCGCCGCGCUGCCCCAGCUCGCGGCGCUCUCGAGCGGCGUCGUUCGGUGGGAGGUGCCGCUGCCGCGCGGCUGCAGCGCGUCGCGCUGGCUGCGCGGCCAGGACGCCGCCUCGCACCACCAGGUGUACUUUGCCGGCCGCCACAGCACCGCCCCGGAGACCCCCAAGUCGGCGCUGGCCGAGGCGGCCGCACGCGGCUGGAGCGCGGCGGCGGGGCUGGGCGCGGCGUGGCUGUGGCGCGGGGACGGCGGGGUGCCGUUUGGCGAAGAGCAGCUGACGGGCGUGCAGCGCAUGCUGUCGGAGGCCCAGCCGCGGAUCCGCGUGCUGGGCGGCACGAGGUUCGAUUCGCAGCAGGCGCCGGCGCCGGAAUGGGAGCCGUUUGGGUCGUUCUGCUUCCUGCUGCCCCAGAUCGAAUAUUUGGAGGCAGCUGACUGCGCCCUGCUGUCGUUGAACAUGGCCUGGGACGCUCGGUACCAAUCCGCCGCCCCCGACCCCCUCUGCCGCGCCGGAGAGGGCCCCCCGACCGCCGCCGCCGCCGCCGCCCGCGCCCUCUCGCUGCUCUCCUCGCUCGCGCCGCCGGCGCCGCCUUC